CCACAAACUUCAGGUGGUCAGUUGUCACAGGCUCAGCCCUCCUAUGCUCUUGGCUUAAGCCCCUACAAUCAGUAUGGUGGAAUUCCAAAUAUGACUUUAGGAACAAGUGGUAUUGCAUCACAAUAUAUGUCAUCUGCUGGAUAUCCACAAUAUGGUCAGCAGCACUUAAAUCAAUACGCACAAAAUAAUUACAUGCAACAAUAUUGGGGUCCCGGCGGAAAUAAAGUCCCUCAAUAUUCGAACCAAUCGCCUGAAAAGAAAUAA